AUUUUAUCUACUUUUCAAAAAUACAAUGUUUAAUAUCUGAUGAAUCUUUCUGCUACGUGUUGUGUGUUGUUUCGUUGAACCUGACAGUCCAAGUGUCACUCGUGGCGAAUAUAAAAACAAAACUACCAUCGAACAAACAACAAAAAUAACGUAAAAUGUUGCGGGGAAUUCGUAACUUAUUGCAGUCGAACAAUUGCACAGGAAAAUUAUUGACUCGGAAUUUGAACCUCGUGCCAGUUGUCGUGGAACAAACUGGACGUGGUGAACGUGCUUAUGAUAUCUACUCAAGGCUGCUCAAAGAACGGAUCAUUUGUCUUAUGGGACCGAUUACAGAUGAUGUGUCCUCACUGGUCGUAGCUCAAUUGUUGUUUCUUCAAUCGGAAAGCAGUAAAAAGCCAAUUCAUUUGUACAUCAAUUCGCCAGGCGGUAGUGUGACCGCUGGUCUCGGAAUCUAUGACACAAUGCAAUACGUUCUUCCUCCUGUUGCAACAUGGUGCGUUGGACAAGCCUGCUCAAUGGCCAGCUUGUUACUCGCAGCUGGAUCUCCUGGAAUGCGUCAUGCUCUUCCCAAUGCGAGAAUUAUGAUUCAUCAACCUUCCGGCGGAGUACAGGGCCAAGCAACGGACAUACAAAUUCAAGCGGAAGAAAUUCUCAAACUUAAGAAACAAAUAAAUAAAUUGUACGUCAAGCAUACUGGACUUGAAUUAUUGAGGAUAGAAAACAGUAUGGAAAGAGACAAAUUUAUGUCGCCCAUGGAUGCCAAAGAGUUCGGCAUCAUAGACAAAGUGUUGGAACACCCGAUGCAAGAGAACGACGAAAAAACGAAUAUUUUGAAGGAGAAUACAGCUUCAACGACGACCAAGACAUAGUCCAGAGUAUUUCUUGCUUGAAGGACGAAAACAAAUAAGUCAACUCAACUCAUGAUUGAUCUAUAAAAAAAAGUUUUUAUGAAUAUUUCAUAAUAGUGAUAAUAAAAUAUUUAAUAAAACGUUAUAAACUA